AUGGCCUCCGUCGGCAAAGUGGGGUUGCCUUCUGCACCCUCCGCUCAUCGGGAUGGCUAUGCCGACCCCAAGGACCGUGGUCCGAGGUUCAGCACCUUGCCGCCACCUCCAGACAAGCCAUAUGUACCACAUCAUGGCGCUUUGCAGCCAGCUUUGAGGAGUCGACUCGACAACACCCAAGACAUCCGGCUCGAAGGCUCUAUGGGAGAGGUGCUGCCUGAGACUGCUGACACAAUCUGUUUUGUUCCGGAGCCUUAUGUCCGAGCGCAACGCCCCGACCAGCCACAUGUCCUGAAGACAGACAUGCGAACACGAGAGGCAAUCACAGACUCGCUGGAGAAGGAUGGUAGGUGGUUCCGGCCGGUGCCGAAAAGGGAGGACACUUUUCGGAAUAUGACGGACGACGAGCUGCGAGUGCGACUGCGCGAUCUUGCGGAGCUGGUGUCUGGAUCUCGCAGGGAUCUGCUACAGCGACUUCUCAGCAAAGGGGAUGACUUCACCUCUUGGACGAAGAUGCAGGUGGAGACGGAAUGUCACCGCUUCGGGCUGGAGGUAUUGGCAACGAAGGCGGACAAUGUGAGGAACAUCAAGGAAGCGCAGCAUCGUGAUCGAAUUCGCAACCUCAGUGAAGAGGAUUUGGUUUACGAGCUGUUAUUUCGCGGCCUGGAAGUUCUGGAGACGCGUGAACUGAACGAGGACCAGUUGCAAGCUUACCUGGAAGGUCGCCUCUUCGGAGCCAUGUAG